AUGGCUUUGAAUGUUGAUUUCAAUGCCCUGAAGGCCCGGACCAUGGGGUCUGGUGCCGAUGAAGAGGCAGUAACAGUGGAUACUCGGGGCUUAAUCUCCAAAGUUCUAGCACGAUAUUCGGGGAAAUGGACUGUUCUUCGAGAGAUGAUCCAGAAUGCUGCGGAUGCCUCCGCGACGAAAGUGACGAUCAAAUUUGAGACACUCCCCUCUACUACAGUCCCAUCGCCAUCAUCAACAGACCCAACAGAGCAGAUCAAGCAUACAAUCACAAACCAUACCCUUCGACGUCUAUUGAUAUCAAAUAAUGGACUUCCUUUUAGCGAAAAAGACUGGGCCCGAUUGAAGCGUAUUGCAGACGGAAACCCAGAUGAAACAAAGAUUGGUGCAUUUGGAGUCGGUUUCUACAGUGUUUUUGAUGACUGUGAAGAGCCAUUUGUCUCUUCAGGUAGCCAAGCUAUGGCUUUUUACUGGAAGGGAAAUUCACUGUUCACUCGGCGUCUGGAUGUGGGUGAAACAUCGAACCAAGAGACAACUUUCGUGCUGGACUACAGAAAUGAUUCUUCUCCUAUUCCAUCUUUGCUUCAGCUAUGUCAGUUCUUGUCAAGCAGCUUGACUUUUGUUGCAUUACAGGAGAUAGAGUUGUUGUUGGAUGACUGGAGUCUGCUGCGCUUAUCAAAGAAGACUGCGCCUGGGGUUAGCGUACCCAUUCCUAAGGACAUUGAAACCAAAACUGCAGAAGGCCUUAUGAAGAUUACUGGGAUUACCCAAGAAAUUGCUCAAGUUGAUGCUGCAUGGAUGCGAAUUGUGGAGUGGAAUCCAAAUGCCAGCUUGAUCAGUUUCGACAACCUACGGGACACAACAAGUUCUCUGCGCAGUUUUUUCUCCAAAUUUACUGGUCAAAGUGCAUCUGAGAAAGCAGCUCAAUCUCAAAAAGCACAUAGACAGGUCGAAGAAUCCGGUAAUAUGACCGCUCUCUUGAAGGCAACAGUAUUCUUGCACAUCAACACUGCAUCGAUCCAACCUUCUAUCGGCACUAGCUUGAGCAAAGAGCUUGAGAGAGCCACUCGAAAGCCCCCACCUAAGAGAGCUACAAUCGCAAUCCUGACUCCAUCCUAUGAAGCUAACGUCGCUACUGGGGCAUCUGCAUCACAGUCGGAAAUUCUCGCAUCCAUCUUACCUUCAAAGGGAGGUCGGGUCUUUAUUGGAUUCCCUACAGCUCAGACUACAGGUCUGAACGCUCAUAUUUCUGCGCCAUCUGUCAUUCCUACAGUUGAGCGUGAGAGUAUCGAUCUUAACACUCGCUACAUCAGUAAAUGGAAUCUUGAAAUGCUUCGAGCUGUUGGAAUAGUCUGUCGGAUCGCAUGGUCUGCUGAGAUGAGUACUAUCAAGUCCAAAAUUGCAGCCAAGAUUGGACCAGAACGCUAUUCAAAGAUUCGCAAAGAGGACAUCAAGGAUGUUCUUCCCGAGGCAAUUCAUACUGCAAACCAAUUUGUCUUCCGCGAGUCGACGCCAUCCUCGAUCCUCGGCCAAACCAUCGAGGAUGCAUUCUGGAUGUGCAACAGGAAUGCCUCUAUCGAAAUUCUUUCUACGUGUGGUGUUAUUCCUAGUCACCAGACACGCAUCGCCCCCAAAGACCUUAGCUUUAUGGAUUCGAUACCUUCUCUACCUGACGACUUUGUGACCUAUGCGAAAGAAUUUGUUCAAAGACUGACGGAAUUUGGUCUGGUGACAGAGAUUACGGUCUCUGACAUCAAACGAGAACUAGAGGCCAGUACACUCCGAGCUAAUCAGGUUGUCGAGUUCUUGACCUGGAUGGGCCGAAAAACCGUGACUGGGCAGCUUGAUAAGCUGUCGGUUCAGAGUCUUCUUCGAGUCGCUGUGGCUAAUGAUGAAGAUCGAGAUGGAAAACCUACACGGCUGAUCGUCUUUGCCGAUAUCACCAGCUUCUUGAAUCCCCAGCGCAUUCCGGCAGAUCUGCCGAUACCACCAUCAGUCAUACCUUUUCGGUUCACUAAAAGCAUGGGGAAGCAGGACCUCGAGGCAUUAGGAUGGGUUGAAUUAAAUACUGUUCCUUGGCUCCGUUGGCUUGUGACGAAUGCCGGAGAUCGCAACUUGCUAUCCGCGGAUGAGGAUAUCACACAAAGUGCUUCUUUCUCCGGACAGGUUCUUCCUGUUCUAUCUAAACAGUGGGAAACCCUUAGUCAACCGGGCAAGCAGACCGUUGUCAGUAUCCUUCAGCCCAAGACUGUGAUUCCAACGAAGCUUGGAAUGAAGGAGCCCACUCAAACUUACUUUGCUUCUGUGCGGCUGUUUGAUGAUUUGCCUGUGGUACACGGCUUGAAUGGCGUCAAAGAAAAGUUUCUGGUAUCACUCGGGGGGAUACUAAAGGAGCCUCUCGAAAAUGGAACCAUGUGGAUCUCAUUCGAUAUCUCACUUCGGUUUCGGGAGGAUAUUCCUCCAAACGAUAUCAAACGACUCAAGGAUACGAGUAUCUGUACUGCCGAGGUGACCGAAGGAGCAAGAACUGCGCCUGGUACUCUCUACAAAAUCUGCGAGUUGUAUGAACCGAAAGACCCGCUUCGUGCUUUGGGUCUACCUGUGAUCGAAUGGCCAGGCAUCUACAACAAUGCAAGCAAUGAAGGGAAAUUCCUCUCCAUGAUGGGCCUAAAGGGACAGCCCUCGGGAGCUGAACUCGUUCGGCUCAUGAUUACCAGUGAUGCAGAGAAGAACAGCGCCCGCAAGACCAAGGCCUUGUCUUAUUUCCUUAAUGAGUAUCAUACCAAUGGUUACGCUGCAUUCGACAUCAAUGCAGUCACGGUGCCAUUUCUCCCAGUGGAGAACUCGGAAAAUCUGGCAUCGCCAAAGAAGUGCUUUACGGAUGAAGGGGCUUCAUUAUUUGGUUUUUCUAUUCUUCAGAAGCAGCUCCAUCCACAUGCAUCUAAACUAGGCGUCAAGCCUCAUCCACCAGUAUCUGACUGCCUUGAGAUUCUUAUUCGUCAACCACCGGCUACUCCAAGAGAGGCUAGAGUUAUUUUCAAAUAUUUGGGUGGCCGAGCCUCUGAUCUGAGCCCGCGGGAUAUUGAACGCGUUGGAUCAUCCCCGAUCAUUCCUAUUGCCACAAGAAGCCAAUCGGAAAAGACUCCUCAGGUCCGUUUCGUGGCGCCUCGUGUUUGCUAUCUGGGCGAGGGAGAAGACUACAAAGAUAUUUUCGAUUUUGUAGACUUUGGGCAAGAGGCCAACUUCUUCCUUCUGGCCGUCGGUUCCAGGAGAGAACCAACAAAGGUCGAGAUCGCACGAAUGCUUGUGAAAGAACCAGCCCGGAUCUCAGCCGCAUUCCAAAGCUCCGAAAAGUAUCUAAUGCUUCUGAGAACUCUUGCCGAAAAUCUCUCUUUACUUAAGAAAGACAAAGAUCUAUUCAAUGAAAUGAGAUGGGCAAAAUUCUUGCUGGCAAGCCGUGACAUUCCACCCCAAUCUGCUGGCAAAUCCGAGAAGGUGAAGUCGAUUGAAAAGGAUAUCUUAGGCCCAGAGGAGGACCUGGAUAUUCGCGAGUGGAGUCUUUCCAGCGCUAAAGAUAUAGUCGUUGUGGAUGACUUCCAGAGCUUCAACCUGUUCAAAGAGCAUAUCCUUGCUGCACCGCAAGAGGAGGCACUGGAAAACUUCUACGUUGCCCUUGGCGCCCUUCCACUCAGCCAAUUGGUCGAAGAACAAGCGCGGUUUGGAGGCAUUGCAGCUGAUCAAUCGGCAGCUGUUAAGCUACGCAAGGUCGUUCUCGAGCGAGCACGGCUAUUCCUACACGAUCAACCUGCAGAUGCAAUUCAACGUGGGGCCCGAUGGUUAGAGCAUGACUUCACCGUUCAGGUGGUCACUUCCAUCUCGCUCACAAGAUCACUCAAAGGCAGACGUGUAUCCCACACCCAAAAACGGAAUGCGAUCAUGGCUCGUCUGUCCAAUAGCUGGGGCCUGUGCAUUUGUCCGGGCAAAUAUGACUUGUAUGAAAUUAGUCAAUCUCUGGUGCACUUGAUCUUGAAGCGACCAAAACUUCAUUCAACUCUAACUUUGGAAAUGUUGCUGAAGACAGAUCUACUUGAACUUCGUGCUCGAGGCUACAAUGUGGAACGCAUCCUAAGACAGAAGGCUCAGGAAGCUCGAAUGGCAGAGGAUCAGAGGCAGAGACAGUUGGAGGAAGACCGAAAGUUUUUGCAAGAGAAAGAGGCUGCUUGGGCUGCUCAGCAGCAGGCCCAGCAGGAAAUGGUACAAGCACAGGCACAGACCCAGCAAACACAACGAUCGAGAGACGAGGGCUCUGAGGGUCAAUCAAAGGCCACCAUGCCGGGCUUUUUCCCCGAGUCGCCAAACAGCAAGCCAACUGCCGAAGAGACUCAGCUUGCGCACCCCGAUCCUGUAGUACCAGACAGGACUUCCCGUGGUGGAUUAUUUGCUAAUCUCAGCAAACGAUUUGGUCUGGACAAUCGUUCUGGGUCAACUCCCAAUCCAGAGCAGUCACGUUCCUUGCUUCCAGAGUCCCCAGGCGGUACUCAGCCGCCUCCACCUUAUUCAAGCAACGACCCUCAAAACCCUCAAAACAUUCGCCCGGAGCAACCUGUCUCUGUCAAUUCUCCACAUCGCUUGAACCAAGAACUUCUGUCUGCCGUGCAGGCUUGCCGUCCUCAUGGAUCAUCAAAUGUUUUCAGUCGCCCGGAGACAAACCAGAUCUCAGCAAGUCAAUCCUACUGUGAUGAGCGACCUGGUCACGAUCUAGAAUUUGUUGCCACGCUGCCUAGUGGUGUGAAUGUGCUAUUCGUGAAAACAAUCACCGAGCGAUCUGCUUUCUUGGCGAACAACCAAACUGCUAUCAACAUGUUCGCGUCAAUUCUUCUGGACUGUGGCGGUAUCUUCUCGAUGCGUGCAGACAGUCUAAGUAUUUUCUAUGAUCCUGGCGGCAAGACGAUUGCAUUUAACCGAGCGGGUAGCAUCUUCUGCAACUACUUCUACUUCCAGAGCUUACAUGAGAAAGCUCUGCUUCAAAGUUCUAACCCAGAUCGCACCGAUGCCAUUGUCUACUGGUGGGUCAUCUUAUGUCAUGAACUGGCACACAAUCUUGUGGCCGAUCACAGCUCUGCACAUAGCUACUACACUGAGGGAUUUGUGGCUCAAUAUUUCCCCAAGGUGGCUACUAAGCUUGCCUCUCUUCAACAUACCCCAAGAGCGGCAUGA